UUGGUGCCCCAAAUUGCUGGUUCCAACUUCCACCCCACACACCGACCCUUCACUCUUCGCUGCUUCCAUACUCACUAUGCAAACACGCGAACCCGCCAAAUUCCAUUUCUCACAAACCUAAUUUUCUUCUCAUUAUUAUUAUACACUAUUUAUUAUUUUUUUUUCCUGCAUCAUCUUCUUCAGCUUCCCGGAAGCUCAGCUAGGGUUUUGUCAUCCUCUGCGUUUCUUUUCUGCAACAAAUCGAAACCAUGUCGAAGAGGAAGUUCGGAUUUGACGGUUUCGGCAUAAACCGCCAAUCCACCUACAACUUCGAGCGAUCCCAAGCUCCUCAGCGCCUCUACGUCCCUCCCUCUUCACGCCACGGCCACGACAAUUACGAGGACACCGACCUCGACAACAUCGAUUACGACGACAACGACGCCGCCGGAAACGACAACAAAGCUGCCGGCGAUGGCGGAGGUGGCAAUAAUGGUGGCGACGAGGAAAUCGAUCCGCUGGACGCCUUCAUGGAAGGGAUUCACGAAGAGAUGAGGACGACGGCGCCUCCGAAGCCAAAGGAGAAGGCGGAGGACAGGUACAAGGACGAUGAGGAGGAUGAUCCAAUGGAGAGCUUCUUGAGGGCGAAGAAGGACCUAGGGUUGACGUUGGCCUCGGAGGCUCUGCACGCUGGCUACGAUUCUGAUGAAGAGGUUUAUGCUGCUGCUAAGGCUGUGGAUGCCGGUAUGAUAGAGUAUGAUUCUGAUGAUAAUCCUAUAGUUCUUGACAAGAAGAAGAUCGAACCCAUUCCUGCACUUGAUCACAGUUCUAUUGACUAUGAGCCCUUCAAUAAGGAUUUCUAUGAGGAGGCACCUUCAAUUUCAGGUAUGAGUGAGCAAGAUGUCACUGAGUACCGGAAGAGUUUGGCUAUUCGUGUGUCGGGAUUUGAUGUGCCUAAGCCAAUAAAGACAUUUGAGGACUGUGGGUUCUCUCAGCAAAUUAUGGGUGCUAUAAAGAAACAAGGUUAUGAGAAGCCAACGUCUAUACAGUGCCAAGCUUUACCAGUUAUUCUUUCCGGUAGAGAUAUCAUUGGCAUUGCAAAAACUGGUUCUGGUAAAACUGCUGCUUUUGUGCUUCCUAUGAUUGUGCAUAUCAUGGAUCAGCCUGAACUUCAGAAGGAAGAGGGUCCUAUAGGAGUUAUAUGCGCACCUACAAGAGAAUUGGCACAUCAGAUAUAUCUUGAGUCCAAGAAAUUUGCAAAAGCAUAUGGUAUACGUGUGUCUGCUGUCUAUGGUGGAAUGUCAAAACUUGAACAGUUCAAAGAACUCAAGGCAGGUUGUGAGAUAGUAGUUGCCACCCCUGGGAGAUUGAUAGACAUGCUAAAAAUGAAGGCCUUGACAAUGACUAGAGCAACUUACCUGGUGCUUGAUGAGGCUGACCGGAUGUUUGAUCUUGGAUUUGAGCCACAAGUAAGGUCCAUUGUUGGUCAGAUUAGGCCGGAUCGUCAGACUUUACUUUUUUCUGCGACAAUGCCUCGUAAAGUUGAAAAGUUGGCUAGAGAGAUCCUUAGUGAUCCUGUUAGAGUAACAGUUGGGGAGGUGGGAAUGGCAAAUGAAGACAUUACUCAAGUUGUCCAUGUAAUUCCUUCUGAUGCUGAAAAAUUGCCUUGGCUUUUGGAGAAGUUGCCCGAGAUGAUCGAUCAAGGUGAUGUCCUAGUAUUUGCUUCCAAGAAGGCUACUGUGGAUGAAAUUGAAUCACAAUUGGCUCAGAGAGGCUUUAAAGUUGCUGCCCUGCAUGGUGAUAAAGAUCAAGCUUCUCGCAUGGAAACUUUGCAGAAGUUUAAAGCUGGUGUCUACCAUGUGCUUAUUGCAACUGAUGUUGCUGCUCGUGGUCUUGAUAUCAAGUCAAUUAAAUCUGUGGUAAACUUUGAUAUUGCAAAAGAUAUGGAUAUGCAUGUCCAUCGGAUUGGGAGAACAGGCCGUGCUGGUGACAAGGAUGGGGUUGCAUACACUCUUAUAACUCAAAAAGAAGCACGCUUUGCUGGCGAACUGGUUAAUAGCUUGAUUGCUGCUGGUCAGAAUGUAUCCAUGGAGUUGAUGGAUCUUGCUAUGAAGGAUGGGAGGUUCAGGUCAAAACGUGAUGCAAGAAAAGGAGGUGGGAAAAAAGGCAAAGGGAGAGGAGGAGGUGGUGGUGGUGGCGGUGGCGGUGGCGGUCGGGGUGUGCGUGGAGUUGAUUUUGGCCUUGGUAUUGGAUAUAAUCCCGAGUCCAACAAUGCUUCAUCUAACACCCCUCCGAGCCGCUCUGCUGCUGUAAAUUCUUUACGAACAGGAAUGAUGUCACAGUUUCGGAGUAGCUUUGUUGCUGCUUCCUCUAACUCCCAAAAUCAAGGAUACAAUAACAAUGCAAGUAUGGCUGCAAAUAAGAGACCUGCACUUCGCGGUUUUGUAUCUGGUGGAUCAAUUGGCGGGGAUAUAACUUCUCAUAAUAAUGCUGCUUCACCCAGUCCUGCUACAGCAGCAGUAAACUCCGGUGGCCCAAAUUCCGGUGUAAACCCUGCUCAGAACAACUCAAACAGCUCUAAACCCAGAGAAAGGAGGAGGCCAUCAGGCUGGGAUAGGUAGUUUCUUAUUUGAGUGACAUCACUCUCAAGUGUAUCAAUGUUUCUAUAUUUGUAGGUCGAGUCUUGAUAUGAUUUUCUUUGUAUAAAUAAUAAUUUCUCAAUGCUUUUUAGCCUAAAUUAUAGAAAGGUUGCUCUGUUCGGUUUUA